UAUAAAGGGCCCGCAGGGUGUCCGCCGGGACCAGACCCUGCUCCUGACUGUGGACGCCAUGUCUGCCACCACCAGCAGCACCUACCAGUUCUCGACCUCCGGCUCCGUCAAGGGCCUGUGUGGGCCUGGCGGGGGUUUUUCUCGGGCCUCUUCCCUCCAUGUCGGGGGCGCCUGUCGGGCCCCCAGCCUCCUGGGAGCCGGCAGCAGCUGUAGCAACAUGUCGGUCACCUCGUCCCGCUUCUCGUCGGGCUUGGGAGGCGGCUACGGCGGGAGCUACACCUGCAGUCUGGGUGGGGGCUACGGCUCCAGCUUUGGCAUGACCGAUGCGCUGCUGGGGGGUGGCGAGAAGGCCACCAUGCAGAACCUCAACGACCGCCUGGCCUCCUACCUGGACAAGGUGCACGCCCUGGAGGAGGCCAAUGCCGACCUGGAGGUGAAGAUCCACGACUGGUACAAGAAGCAGGCCCCAGGGCCGGCCCGCGACUACAGCCACUACUUCAGGACCAUCGAGGACCUGCGGAGCAAGAUCCUGGCGGCCACCAUCGACAACGCCAACUUGGUGCUGCAGAUUGACAAUGCCCGCCUGGCCGCCGACGACUUCCGCACCAAGUACGAGACGGAGCUGAACCUGCGCAUGAGCGUGGAGGCCGACACCAAUGGCCUGCGCCGGGUGCUGGACGAACUGACCCUGGCCAGGACUGACCUGGAGAUGCAGAUCGAGAGCCUGAAGGAGGAGCUGGCCUACAUGAAGAAGAACCACGAGGAGGAGAUGAACUCCCUGCGAGGCCAGGUGGGCGGGGACGUCAGCGUGGAAAUGGACGCCGCGCCCGGCGUGGACCUGAGCCGCGUCCUCAACGAGAUGCGCGACCAGUACGAGAAGAUGGCGGAGAAGAACCGCAAGGACGCGGAGGACUGGUUCUUCAGCAAGACCGAGGAGCUGAACCGCGAGGUGGCCACCAACACGGAGGCCCUGCAGAGCAGCAGGACAGAGAUCACGGAGCUCCGCCGCUCGGUGCAGAACCUGGAGAUCGAGCUGCAGGCCCAGCUCAGCAUGAAAGCGUCGCUGGAGGGCAGCGUGGCGGAGACCGAGGCGCGCUACGGGGCGCAGCUGGCCCAGCUGCAGGGGCUCAUCGGCAACAUCGAGCAGCAGCUGUGUGAGGUGCGCUGCGACAUGGAGCGCCAGAACCACGAGUACCAGGUGCUGCUGGACGUGAAGUCCAGGCUGGAGCAGGAGAUCGCCACGUACCGCCGCCUGCUGGAGGGCGAGGACACCCACCUGGCCGGUCAGUACUCCUCAUCCUUGGCCUCGCAGCCCACCCGAGAAGCCUCGGUGACCAGCCGCCAGGUCCGCACCAUCGUGGAGGAGAUGCAGGAUGGCAAGGUGGUCUCCUCCCGCGAGCAGGUCCACCGCUCGACCCACUGAGGCCCCUUUCUCCCUGCAGCUGCCCAGCCUCGAGGGCCAAGGGGCUGCCCUCGCUUCCAGCUCCCAGCAUGCCACCACCAUGCCCCAGUUGCCUGACUGCACCCCCAACGGGGAGCUGUGACCUUUUUGUAUCUGCUCCCUGCAGCCCUCACCAGGGGCCUCCUGGCUCUGCCUCUGUGACUGCUAUUAAAGCUU